GCAACACAAAAGCAGCCAACUGGCGUGAGAAAGGGCUGCCCCAACGCGACCGAGAUGAGCCGCAGCCAGGCCAUCGUCGACAGCGCCAGGAAGUGGCGCCAGGACGCUAUAGAAGGCCGCUACGACGCCGCGGCGCGGGAGCUUGAUCAAUGCCAAGUCUUGGUAGCAGCCGCCCAGGACGCCGAGCCUAGAGGAUCGGACAAGCGACGAAGGUGGGACGCGGCCGACGCCGAGCUACAAUCAGGCGAAGCCGUCCUGAGGGCCUAUAGAGCAGCAUUAUCCGCAUUGCCGCGGCGGUGCGGCGGCGCGAAAGCCCCAUCACCAACGAAAGGGGACGUCUGGAGCCCAUUACCACAAGCGCCACCUCGACGACCCACAAGGGAGGCGCCGGCCUGGGCCCAAUCUUCUCAACGUAAGUCGGUGAAGAAACCCGCCGUGCCCCGACAGAAGCGAAGACCACCUUCAACCCCGAAAGACGAUGAAACGUAUGGAGAACAUGCCAGGAGGCGAGGUUUACCGGACAUCGAGCUCAUCGAAGGCGUGGAACGCGACGUGGUGGACACGGGCGUCACGACGACGUGGGACGACAUCGCCGACUUGAGGGACGCGAAACAGUUACUGCAAGAAGCUGUGGUGCUGCCCUUGUGGAUGCCCGACGUCUUCCAGGGACUGCGGAGGCCCUGGAAGGGCGUCUUGAUGUUCGGGCCGCCCGGGACCGGAAAAACGAUGCUCGCGAAAGCUGUUGCGCACGAGUGCCAGACGACCUUCUUCAACGUGUCUGCGGCCACCCUCAGUUCGAAGUGGCGCGGCGAGUCCGAGAAGAUGGUCCGGCUUUUAUUUGAAAUGGCCCGGUUCCGGUCGCCGUCGACGAUCUUCUUCGACGAGAUCGAUUCGUUGGCCGGUCAGCGCGGGGCGUCUUCCGAGCACGAAGCUAGUCGUAGAGUGAAGACGGAGCUCAUGGUCCAGAUGGACGGCGUUACUGGCUUCGAGGGUACUGUUAUCGUGUUGGCCGCGACGAAUCGGCCCUGGGAGCUGGAUGAGGCUCUACGACGACGAUUGGAGAAAAGAGUGUACAUACCGCUACCUACUCUGGAGGGUCGGGCGGCGCUCUUCGCUCUCAACCUCAAAACGGUGGAGACGUCAGAUGUAGAUUUAGAUGAUCUAGCAUCUCGCACGGAAAACUACAGUGGCGCGGACGUCGCGAACGUGUGUCGGGACGCGGCGAUGAUGUCGGUGCGACGCGUCAUGGUCGAGAUGCGGAGUCAAGGGUUAAGCGGCCCGGACAUGCAGCGCGAACUCGCGAAGCGCCAGAAGGACAUGUGCGUCGCUGUCAGUCAUGAUGAUAUGGUGGAGGCCAUCCGGAAGGUCAAGGGGAGCGUCGGAUUGGCGGACCUGAAGCGGUACCGCGAGUGGGAGGCGGAGUUCGGGGCCGCGUGAUUGUGUACUUGGCGGUGCUCUAACUUUGUUUUUUGACA